AUGAAGUUCAACUCGCGAGGAGGUGUUUCCAUCUUCGAACUCUUGAUCUACCUUCCCGCGCUCGUUGUCGCAGCCAUCGUAUGCAGCCGUCAUGGAUUCGGCCGCAGUUCUGGCUGGGUGUUCACGCUCAUCCUCUGUCUUGUCCGAAUCGUUGGCGCAUGCUGUCAGCUGGCAACUUAUCAUAAAGAAACGCAGGGUCUGGUAGAGGCCGUUGUGAUCCUCGACUCCAUCGGGAUCUCACCGUUGCUUCUUGCGACUCUCGGUCUACUUACACGCUGCACCGACUCGAUCAGCAAUCCCUCGUCGACCAAAUUCAAGGCAGUUCACCUUCGACUUUUACAGCUGCUUGUCACCAUUGGUUUGAUCUUGUGCACCGUUGGUGGGACGAGCAGCACAUCAUCAUCUGGAGUGUACAAACCUCAAACCACCACCAAGGCGGGUGUGCUGCUAUACCUGGUUGCCUGUCUCGCUUUGGGAGUCAUAGCUGCUGUCACAACGCUCAAGGUCUCAAGGGCUCCAAGCGGCGAGAAGAGACUUCUCUGGGCCGUCAUCAUUGCCCUUCCGUUCAUCUUGGUCAGAAUCGUCUACUCUCUCAUAGCGGUUUAUUCUCAUGACCACUCUUUCAACAUCAUUACUGGCUCGGUCACUAUACUGGUCGUCAUGGCAAUCCUUGAAGAAAUGGUAGUAGUGGUCCUCUAUCUGGGCAUUGGCUUGAAGUCGGACACUCUUGCACCCGCAGAGAGGUGCCCGACUGGGAGCGGGCCAUGA